GCUUCACCACGUGACCGCGGCCAGCCCCGUGAUUGGUCCAUUUUCAAACGACUUGUUCUUCUUUUUGGCAUCAGCGGCUCAGUUUGAAAUUUAACCGUUUUGUGAUGUGAUGGUGUAUGUUUUGAAUUAGUCCAAGUUGUUUAUUAAGUUUUGUUGGAAGGGCAUGUGAUAUUUACAAUGGCUCAGCUCAAAUUAUCCUUACUGGCCGGCUUGGAUGAUCUGCACCGAUGUACGAACUCACUUGUGACAGCAGAUGCUCAAAUAGAAGCAGAAUUUGUGAGGUUUUUGCCAAUUGUGGAGAGCCUACGCUUGCAAUGGUCAGAAGCUGUGACCGAAUGCCGUCGCUUACAACAAGCUUUAGAUCAAAGUCAUCACAACUCGGCGGUUCUCGCUGGCAAAUUAACUCAUGCCAGAAAGCUUCUAGAUCAUGAAAUCAAAACAUGCAAAGCUGCUGAAAAGGAAAAACGGUCUCUUGAAAUGCAGCUUCGUAUGAUUGGAGAUGUUCUUGGUGAUCAGCGAAAUAAAUUACCCGAGGAAACGAGAGAAAAGCUGUCUUUCAUCAAUCAAACUAGUCAUUCUGGGAUCCCCAACAACAUUGCUGACCGGUUGGACACUAUUGCAGAACUUGAUUCAACUGGAUCUCUCAUGUCUGAUAUGAGCUAUUCUCGCUCUGAAGAUGACUUGGACUUGAACUCUUCAUUCCUUGAUACAAGAAAGGACUUCAAAAAAUGCAACCCUACUCCUGAUGACAUUGCCCCAAGCCCCAAAAGAAGGAGAUCCAAUAUUCGGAAGAGUCUUGAGGUUCGGAGAUCUGAUAUGGGCACUGAAGAAAGAGUUGUAGCUACCACAACUGUUACUGUGCAACGAGAAGGUAAUAUCAAAGCUCGUUCUAAAAUUGAGACCAAGCCUUCUGCAAGACCGAAACCAGCUGCAGACCUUUUCCCAUCCGCUCCCCCUAUAUCAAUUGUUGUAGAUUCGACUACGUCUGACAGCAGUUCUGGUAACAACAAUAACUGGGCCACACCAAGAAAUGAGAAAAUGUCCAUGAAGCCGCCAACAUCUGUUACCAGAUCCUCCACUUUAGACAUAAGUCCCAGCUAUGGAAUGAGUAGGAAGAAUAUGAAUACUCGGCCACAUAGUUUCACGCACAAGACGACCAUUUGCCCCGAUGCUUGUAAUUACUGUGGCAAGAGGUUGAAAUUUGGAAAAGUGUACAGUAAAUGUCAGGAUUGUCGUGCAUCAUGCCACAUGGAGUGUGAAGGACUUUUACCUCUUCCUUGUAUACCUGUUGGAAACACUCCCGCUGUCAAAGGGGCUAUGGGUACCAUUGCUGACUACACACCAAUGACCAGUCCCAUGGUGCCAUCCAUAAUUGUUCAUUGUAUCAGGGAAAUUGAGAGUCGUGGUUUGACAGAAGUUGGAAUCUACAGAGUACCUGGAGCUGAACGAGAUGUCAAAGCUCUCAAGGAAAAUUUCUUGCGAGGGAAAGGAGCUCCAAACCUAUCAAAUGUUGAUGUUCAUGUCAUUUGUGGGACAGUGAAGGAUUUUCUGAGGUCAUUGCGAGAGCCUUUGAUCUUGAGAACAUAUUGGCAUGACUUUGUCAACGCUACUGAAAUUCCUGAUCCAGAAGAUGCACAGGCUGCAUUGUUCCAGGCCAUAUCAGAGCUUCCUCAGCCUAACCGGGACACUCUUGCUACACUCAUUCUUCAUUUGCAACAUGUUGCAGAGUGUCCAGAAUGUAGAAUGCCCAUCAGCAAUUUAUCUAAAAUCUUUGGACCAACUAUUGUGGGGUACUCCACAACUGAUCCUGAACCUGAAGUUCUCUUAUCAGAAACCAAGAAGCAGGCCACAGUUGUGGACCAGUUGAUGAGACUGCCUGCUGAUUACUGGGCGAACUUUGCUCAUCCUUCUGGAGUAGAAAACAGAGAUCCAGAGUGUCUUUCACACACUCCGUCAACAGGAUCACUCUUAGCAGGGGCCAGAAAUUUCCUGGGAAAUACCCCCAGGUCUGUAAGGGGAAAGAAGAAGUUCUUUGCUACACCACCUGCCUACAAAUAGAUGCUGUGGGAGUUGCUGUUCUGUAUUACAUCACACAUGCUUUGUUCAUUCCACAUUCAGGCUUUAUUGUUGUAUAGGAUAGAUAGAUCAGUUAGGCAUUUUUAACCUUUUUGCUUAGUGCUGUUGCACUGAUAACUCUCUUAAUUUAAUUGCUUCAAUUCACAAAAUGUGUAAUUUUAUUAAUUGUGGAACUAAAGCAUUCCCAGUAUGUUUUCUUUCGUUGAAUGACUCUUCAAUUAAGGCUCAAAAAUGCUGAGUUCAUGGCACAUUGCACUGUUGCUUGUUGUAUUUUCAUUAAAUUUGGAGUAUUGAGCAACGAGUGUACUACAGUAUUCUUUUGUCCAUAACCAAAUUGAAAUCUUCUGAUCUGAUUACCUUCUGUGAUAUUGUCAGUGAAGGAAUGCAACUAAAAAUUUAAUUUAUAUUAAGUCUUAACACUGUUGCGCUUUAAAUGAAUAAUUCCAUGCUUUGUUUUAUUCAGAUUUUUUUGUUUAUUGUCCUGAAAUAGCAACGUGUGCUCUUUAUUAUGUAACACCAACUUAUAUUAUCUUUUAUUUAUUACAACACCCCUGUAAAUGCUGCUCAAUGCUUGGAACAAUGGUGUUGAAAAAUUUAUAUAUGUAUGUUUUUAUAUAGGCAUUCUGUGAUGCGUAAGUAGCUCUCUUCUCAAUAUUUGGAUUGGUGGUCUUUGUUGCACUAUUUCAUCCUUUUUGCAUGAUGAAGUGAGGGAAUAGACAUUUGACUAAUGCAUUUGUGUGCUCUCUGUCUUUAUAGCUUUAUUUUACUCCCAGUUUGGGUAAUAUUUAUCUUACUUGUACAUAAGUUUUUGUUUGUUAUUCUUGUGAAAUUAGUUGCAAGUUAAUUUUUACAAGAAGAAAAGCUGACUGUUUUUCUAUGUUAAUGCAUGACACAUUUUUUGUACUCCAGUAGCUCUUGCACUAUUGUGUAUGAAAAAAAGUUGUCUUUUCUUAAUUUUAACAUGCAAGCUCAGUAUUAAGUGCGCCUCUCUUUCAUCAUAAAAUUUUAUUUUUGCGUGAUGAUGUUGUAUAGCUCUCUGGUGUGUGCUCUCUGCUAGUGUUCCAGGUGAUUUUAAAAAGAGUUUUGUAACCUAAUGUAUUCAAACUGCAAAGAUGGUCAAUAAACUUCACCCACUAACCUCGA